CAAGCGUUUGGAACUUGGGAUUGAUCCAAAGUGCGCAUGCGUUCAUUUUGUAACUCAGGUAAAGGGAUGGGUGGUAUAUGGAGAGCUAGCUGGGGGCUGAUAGUGAGAGAGCUGCUGGGGUAGUAAUGCAAACGAAUUCUUAUGUCAGUGUAGUGUUAUCCGUUGAUCUUUGCGUUUUGAUCCACGGGCUAUUCCAGAUAUAAACGCAAUAUCGACAGUGUGCGCGCGGCGCAAUUAACUUUUGCUACGAAGAAAAAGAAGAGCGCACAAGAUGCAGCAAAAAAACAUAAUAAGAAGGGAAGAAUGCACGAGAAAUCGGAACAGAUAUCAAUAUAUUACAAUGGAUUUGCAAUAACAUUAUCAAGAGUGAAUGACACUUUUCUCGACAGUCAGGUGAUCGUGUUUCAGAAUCAUCAGGGAUUUUAAGUACCGCAAGUGCUACAUGUGUAGAUAAUUUCUGAUGGCAGUAAAAAAAAUAAUACCGAGCAAAAUUCUUUUCAAAACCUAAUGUUGGCAAUCUGUGGAAUUUCAGUGACAGAUAUGCAAUUCAGAAGACUUCAAAACCCAUUGAAACGCAGGUCAAUCAGUUUUUGAUUUCUAAGAUCCUUGAGAACGGAUUUAUGGGAAAAAGAAAUCGGAUAGCCUUGCUUCUAAAUUUUUUUAUCUUGCAAUAUUUUAUAAAUUUAAAAGUGAGUUUUCAAAUGUGCCAACCUAAACUCAAAAGAGUUGGUUUCAUUAAAUGUAAGGGAAAACCAAAUUCGCAAACCAAUUCAGUUUUAAAUAUUUGAAUCAGCAAUUCCCAGAGUCUGCAUUUCAAAGAUUUUUUGUUUUCAUGUUCAGAAACAGAAAACGUAAUCGCACAGAAAAAAGUAUUUAUUGUGGAUAUGGUUUCCCUACUGUAUACUUGCUAGUUACCACUUUCGGCGGUCAGUAAUCUAAUUUGCCGCAAUCUCAAUUGUCAUCAUGUUACGAUCCUCUUGUCAUAAUCCUAAAGUUGUUCUGUUGCGAGUUGUCAUUCCCAUAUGCACAUUAUUUCAGAUGAAUGCAACGGAAAAACAGACUACAGCAGCUCUCGAAGCACUCGAAGAAGCAAUCCAGAAAUGUUAUGAUGACGAUGAUGAUUAUGAUGAGUAACGCAAUAAUCAAUGAAGCAUAUGAUGUGACUAAUUCUGAAUUUUUUUUUUAUAACACUGACAUUUCAUUUUUUGACAACACUGGUAUUAUGAAUUUUGGCGUUAAUAAUACAGUGAGCUAUUUGAGUGCACUGGAAAUAUUGAAUGGCAGUAUUUACAAAGCUUCGAGUGAUGUGCCGCCGCAAAACGCAAACGAAAUCGAAACCUUUGACAAUUGGUGGGCAAUGUUGGCUUCAGUGCUGGUUCUGGGAACUGCAGCUGGUAAUAUUUUGGUUUGUUUGGCCAUAACUUGGGAACGACGAUUGCAAAAUGUGACAAACUACUUUCUCAUGAGCUUGGCGAUCACUGAUCUCAUGGUUGCAAUUCUAGUGAUGCCUCUUGGAAUCCUUACUCUAGUACGAGGUUACUUUCCCCUUCCAGCAAUAUACUGCCUUGCAUGGAUAUGCUUGGAUGUUCUUUUCUGCACAGCAAGCAUAAUGCACCUGUGCACCAUCAGCGUCGACAGGUACCUGAGUUUACGGUAUCCUAUGAAAUUCGGUCGCAAUAAAACCAGAAGACGUGUUAUACUCAAGAUACUUUUCGUUUGGCUACUCAGCAUCGCCAUGAGUCUUCCACUCUGUCUCAUGUAUUCGAAGGACGAUGACUCUGUACUUGUAAAAGGAACAUGUCAAAUACCCGACCCAUUAUAUAAGUUAAUCGGAAGCAUAAUUUGUUUUUUUAUUCCCCUUGGAGUAAUGUUAAUUACUUAUGCCUUAACAGUAAAACUGUUGGCAGAUCAGAGCGAAAAUAUUGGAGGAGGAUCAGAAAGAAGUAAGCGCCGCACGUGGAAAAAAUUACUGGUAAACAAAAGUUCCGAGGGAAGUACUGGAACACCUGUACACACUUCUGCUGCUUCAACGGAUACGGAGCUCACUACACUAGAUACUCAUGAUCUGUGGCUGCCUGAGAGUGAGCCCAAGCCGGCGGCCAUGUCAGCUCUUCACGAGUUUGGAGCGGAACUUUUAAAAUGGUCCAAAGGACUAGAGGGCAUAGCAAAUAUCGGAGAUGAAUCGCUUCUAAAUACUCCAAAGUCAACUAAAAGCCAGUAUCAACCAAACUUUCAACGUAGCUUCGCCAAUAGGAGCGAAAGAGACCCUGAGUACAGCCUUUCUGAUUCAAGAGCGAGCCUCAGUGUAACCACGAAUGAAAAUUUACUGCCAGCGCCAUGUAAAUAUCGUCGAAGAGCAUCUACCUACAAUGAAGCAUAUUUACAGCGAGUCAAUAUGAAUCCAGGGAGUAGUAUCUUACGCAAACGUUCUUUCAGCUUCCAUGAACAUACCACUGUGAACAAAUCUGCGUCCGAAAAGCUUUCAACAACGACGAACCAGCUUGAAGCGAAACCACUGAUGAAAUUUGAAAGGAUUGAAUCGCCAUCUUCGUCGUGCGACAUUUCCUCCUUUGUCGAAAUGUCAAAAAAUGAACCAUCUCAAAAUCCAAAUGAGAUGGAAGUUAGUUUCAGUGACAGCACAAAGUCUUUAACGCAGAAUCUCGAUAAUUCUUCAAACCAACCCGAUCAACUUGAAGACAAGUCUCACAAAACGUCCAGUGCGGUUGUCACGUGGAAAAGUGGAAGACGAGGCUCCAGUGCUGGAACUACCAAGACUUCAGUGGCAUCCUCGAGAUCUGUUCCGCUGCGAAGGGCGGCAACAAUGCGAGCCCACAAUUAUGCCACCAAUCUGGCUUCAAAAAGCAGCACUUGGACUCCCUACACAGCAGUUAUUAACAAGUCGUCUGGCCUUCUUCGAGUCAGUCACUCUCGAAAUAGUAGUGUGAUAUCUAGAAAUAGUUCCCGGCACGGCAGAAUUAUCAGGCUCGAGCAAAAAGCCACAAAAGUUCUGGGGGUUGUCUUUUUUACAUUUGUUAUCCUGUGGUCGCCAUUCUUUGUGCUGAAUUUGACAGCAGUCAUUUGUGCUGACUGCGAGGAGAACAUCGACCACAAACUAUUUGACUUUGUCACUUGGCUAGGUUAUUCCAGCUCAAUGGUAAAUCCGAUUUUCUACACUAUCUUUAAUAAAGUUUUCCGACAGGCUUUCAAGAAGGUGAUCCUGUGUCAAUAUUGAACUCACACUUGGAGAUUUUGUUAGUGAAGACUUUCCAAAUCCACAUGGCCUACUUUAAAAGUAUUUAUAGAAAAAGAAGAUCGUUGGGGAAAAAGUCAAUAAAAUGCUCAUAGAGAUUUUCCAAAGUAUAAACUAUAAGCUGCCAACGCAAAUUUCCACUAUAAAUACCACUAUUUAUUAACUGUUUAAUGUAAAAAGACUGUUUGAUCGAGUGCUGCACAAUUGUGUGUUAAUUGCGGCAUACAAAACUAGCAUUCUUUUAAAAUAUGUGAUAAAAACUUGUAUAACUGAGAAUCUUUGAAGACUUAUACAUAUAUCAAACUAUAACACACGUUUUAGUGUGUUUUCAAUCACGCAUUGUACUAUAGAGAGGAUAACAUCUUUUAGUAGAUUUCUAUUCAUACAUUAUAUCUAUUUAAACACUGUUAAAAUACUGUUUGUUUUUCAGUUUUGACAA